GAGGGCGGAGGAGCCGGGCGGACGAGGGGUCUGCUCGGCGCCUGGCCAGAGGGAUGGAGGCGGCGUGGCGCCAGGCCGGCCGGGGCAGGGGGCGAGCCCGGGCCAGCGGCCAGGCCGGGAUCGGGCUCUGUGCCGGCGGGGGAGCUAGCUGCGGCGCCGCCCGGCCCGGGUCCGGCCGGGGGAGAGGAGGAGGAAGAGGAGCUGGCGGCGGCACUACCUGUAUCCCGCUCACCGGCAGCAGCAGCUCCCUGGGAGCCAGAGAAUUAUCUUCUCAGAAGAAAUUUGAUGAAAUUAAGAAGGCUAAUCAAGCGGCAGCUAAAAAGUUUGUUGAAGACCAGUUUAGUUCCUCUUCUGAAGAAGAUGAAGAUAGCGAAGGAAAACAUGGAAAGAUAUUGGCCAAAACAUUCACAACUUAUACUAAUCAAACUGAUGGAGAUGCAAGUGAACUAGAACGUACAAGACAAUAUGUGAAUGAAGCAUUUCAGUCUGGGGCUUUGACAUGCUUGAUUUGCAUUGCUUCAGUUAAGAGAAACCAAGCUGUCUGGAGCUGUUCUGGAUGUUUCUGUAUAUUUCACAUGCCAUGUAUCCAAAAGUGGGCUAAGGACAGCCUUUUUCUUAUAUCUUCUCCCUUGACAGAUGAUGAUUUUGGGAAGAAAGAUUAUCCAUGGCCUUGUCCAAAAUGUAGGUUUGAGUACAAACGUUCUGAAACUCCCACUAGAUACUACUGCUACUGUGGGAAGGUAGAAGAUCCAGAGUUGGACCCAUGGCUGGUACCUCACUCAUGUGGCCAAGUAUGUGAGAGGGAAUUUAGACCUCCAUGUGGACAUAAGUGUCUACUGCUCUGUCACCCGGGUCCUUGUCCUCCUUGCCCAAAGAUGGUCACAAUAGCCUGUUACUGUAAGAAGGCUAAACCAGUGCCGAGAAGGUGCAGUACUAAAGAAUGGUCAUGUCAGCUGCCAUGUGGUCGAAAACUGCCAUGUGGACAGCACAAUUGUGAGAACCCUUGUCACCCAGGAGAUUGUCAGUCUUGCCCACGAGUCAGUAAACAAAGGUGUGUCUGUGGUAGACAAAUAGCAGAAAGACUUUGUGCAUGUCCAUUUUGGCAGUGUGAGCAGGUAUGUGGGAGAACUUUGCCUUGUGGUAAUCACACAUGUGAACAAGUUUGUCACUCUGGUCCCUGUGGCGAAUGUCCUCGAUCUGGGAAGAGGCCCUGUCCAUGUGAGAAAUCAAUGUUUUUUUUGCCUUGUACGGAAGAUGUACCUACUUGUGGAGAUAGUUGUGACAAAGUUCUUGAAUGUGGAAUCCAUAGGUGUUCGCAGCGUUGUCAUCGAGGUCCCUGUGAAAUUUGUAGACAGGAAGUUGAAAAGCAGUGUCGUUGUGGAAAGCAUACUAAACGCAUGCCGUGUCAUAAACCGUAUCUGUGUGAGACAAAGUGUACAAAAAUUCGUGAUUGCCAGAAGCACCAAUGUAAGAGAAAGUGUUGUUCUGGAAACUGUCCACCUUGUGAUCAACUCUGCGGACGGACUUUAGGGUGUAGAAAUCACAAAUGUCCUUCAGUUUGCCACAGAGGUAGUUGCUACCCAUGCCCAGAGACAGUAGAUGUGUUGUGCAAUUGCGGUAAAACUGUUCUCAAAGUUCCCUGUGGCAGAGAACGUAGCACCAAGCCUCCAAAAUGCAAAGAGCUAUGCAGUCGGCCACCAACCUGCCAUCACCCCAGCCAAGAGAAACACAGUUGUCACUUUGGCCCUUGCCCUGCAUGUCGUCAGUCCUGCCAGAAAGUGUUAAAGUGCGGUCACUUGUGUCCUGCUUCUUGCCACGAUGAAGCUCUUGUGAAGCAAACUGGCUUGCACCAACCUGCCGGGCCCUGGGAACAGCCAUCUGAGCCAGCUUUUAUUCAAACUGCAUUACCUUGCCCCCCAUGUCAGAUUCCUUUACUAACCAAAACAUUGACACUGCUUCAGAUGCCUUAUUGCUUUAAGGAGUACACCUGUUUGCAAUUCUCUCAAUUUUUUUAUUCCCUUCUUUGCAGGGAAUGUCUUGGGCAGCAUGAGGUGAGUCCUUUGCCAUGUCACUCUGCGGGCCCCUACUCAUGUAAAAGAUUUUGUGGACGGCUGCUUGAUUGUCAGAAUCAUACCUGCAUGAAGGAAUGUCAUAAAUUUACCACUGUAAAUGGUAAUGCUGACGGGCAAAAGGCUAGUCCAGAAUGUUCUCACUGUGAGGAGGCGUGUACCAAGCCACGACCACCAGGCUGCCCUCACUCGUGCAUUUUGCCCUGUCAUCCUGACCAAUGUCCACCAUGUGUCCAAAUGCUUAAAAUAAAGUGUCACUGCAAACUCACAAACCUGUAUAUUGAAUGCAUAAAAAUAACUUGUGCUGACUUAAAAGAAAAGGAUCUUCUCAGUUCCUGCAAAAAUCAGUGUCCAAAAGAGUUGCCCUGUGGUCAUCGAUGUAAAGAGAUUUGCCAUUCGGGUGAUUGUCCUCAAAAUUGCAACCAGAAGGUUAAACUCAGAUGUCCAUGCAAGAGAAUGAAAAAGGAAUUACAGUGCAGCAAGGUACGAGAAGGCCAGGUUUCACUAGAAUGUGACACAUUGUGUAAGGAAAUGAAACGGAAAGCAUCUGAGAUAAAAGAGGCAGAAGCCAAAGCUGCUAUUGAAGAAGAAAAGCGAAGGCAACAGGCUGAACUAGAGGCUUUUGAGAACAGGUUAAAAGGACGACGAAAAAACAAGAGAAGAAAGGAUGACGUAGAAGUUGAGCAAUCGGUGUGGCAAAAAUAUAAGAAUUUUAUCAUGCUGCCAGUAUGUGGAGUUGCUGUUGUGAUGCUUGCGUGGCUCAUGGCUUACAACAACUGAAAUAAUUUGAUCUAUUGUAAUAUUCCUCAGUUGGGCUUUAGGUACCUCUUAUUGCUAGAAUGUUAGUCUGUAUAUACUAGAACUUCAUGUUCAUAGUUCAGUUGUAUAUUUAAUUGACGUCAUGAGGGAAAAACAAAAAGCAUGUGAAGCUUUUAAAUCUAAGUUAACAGCACAAAAAUAUGAAUUCAGAGUAGAAUGAUUUAAAGUUGUACAGUGCAUGUGGUCAUGCAGUUUAUCCUGCACAGUUUCACCAUCUCUGUUUUAAUAUAUUGUAUUAUGUCUCAUUAACUCCACUUCGCAAUGUUAAGCAUAGGUUUUUUAAUUUGGUUGUACUGCAUACCAGUACAUUUGUAAGAUAAGGUUAAAUUGAGCCAUAUUUGCAGUAAAUCAACAUUGUAUUUUUGCCACUUUAAUAAGCAGAGGCCACUCUGUGUAUGGCAAGCUAGGCAGCUGCCUAGGAUGGCAGAUUUCUGGGCAGCUGCCUAGAAAGGAAGAUUUUAGUCUAGCUGCUCCUCUGUCAUGAUGGGGGACAGUCAGGCCAAAUUUGAGUGACGUUGUGACCCCACGAUGACAGAAGGGAUAGCCAGCCUAAAUUUGAGUGGUGAUGUGACUCUAGGUUGCAAUACCACUUUCUCAGAUUUGGCCUGGCCACCACUCUGUCAUGAUGGAGCAGUGGCCAGGCCAUAUUUCAGUGAUGUGAAGGCAGUGCACUGAAGCAUCGCCUGGGGCAGCAGAUUGCCUUGAGCUGCCACUCUUAAUAAAGGUUAGUAUUUUUAGUCUUUGAUUUAGAUAAAUCAUAAUUCAUACAAAACAAAAUAGGAAGAUCCAUCCUUCGGCAACUUUUAAUAAUAAUUUUAUUGAAUAUAGAACUUCAAAUGGUCUAGAAGACUUGGGCUUUCCACAGUGGAAAUGUCAGCUUUCCUCACAAAAGAUUUAUUUACUUCGCUUGCGCUAUCACAGACAGUACAGUGGGUCUCACAUAGUUACUUUUCAAACCCUUAAUUUUUGUGCCUCAAAAAAAAUAAAAAGCCUAAUGGAAUCGCAGACUUGUGCUGAUCAUAUGGGAAGUUGCUUGACAAUGAAGUGAGCUCUCAAAGGUGUGCUGUCUUGUGACACUUUUUUCUUGAACAAAUUUCCUUUACAGUAUAAGGAAAAACCCACUUUGUUUUUCUGCUUUCAUAUAUUCCUUUAGUGAUAAGUAGAGGCUUAUUCCAAAUCCAUGCCAUAAAUGCAGACUUUGCUCUUGUUUGCUCUCUGGCCUGCAGUAUUUUUUUGUGAACACUUAUGCCAAGUAAUCCUCCUAUUGAUGAAGAGAGGAGGAGAUUUUCCUUAAACAGAUGUAUGAAGAUAGUCUGUUCCAUUGUCAAGUAAUAUGUUGCGGACCUGUUUGCAGCAGAAAUGUUCAUAUCAAUGUGAGCAGGGCUUUGUUGAAGCAGUUCUCACCUUACUUGAAAUGAACUCAUUUUUUUCUAUGACAGUGUUGGCUAUUUCUUCAUUAAAACAAAUACAUUGUAAA